AUGUUUUUACUUCCGCAACUAAGCCAUACUAAGCCACUGAAGGAGUCUUCCAGACGGGAGUCUUUGGGAUUUCCUGGUCAACCUCUUCCGCAGCAGGAGUAUGUCCAGGAUGUGAGAAAUGAGAUGAGAAAUGGCCCAAUGAUGGGUUUGGUGUCUCCGAAUGGACAGCACCCUUUCCGCCCAGGCCUACUUGGGCCAGACACACGCCUGCCUACACCCGAGCAGGAGCUUCCAUUUUCUUCUUCUACUGGCCCACAAGCCAGUAGUUUCCCGAUGCAGGCAUAUGAUCGAGACCUGCGGGCAACACUUGGACCAAUCGCACCGCCAGUGAGCCCACCUGCUAUUCAAAGCCAACGAGGACGAAUCAGUCAGAGAGUGCAGGGUGCUCUCCGUGCUCAUGCAGCAUUACACAGUGAAGGCACUGUGCCGGUGGCUACACUUGCAAGCACUGCACCAGCAGGUGGUACUUUGCCAACGCCAGCCAUGGUCGGUGCGACCUCGGCGACCUCGGAACAUGGUCAACUCUUGCGGCAGGCGAAGGAGGUAAUUGCCUCUCUUGACACCUGUGGAGACCCCACAGUCAUGGAGCGUUGGAUGCAUCAUCUCGAAGAGUCCGUGCAUCCGAUGAAGGAGGCGGAAAAGAUUAUGGGCAUGCUUCGAUCUUUGGUGAGACAAGGAUUUUGCGCAGGCACUGACCAGGCCAUGCAGAAGCGUAGCCAGGUCAUGCGUGGUCCUGGUCCUCCCCGUUUGCAAGAUGUCACAGAGAGCUCUGGACAGUGGCCAACUCUGCAAACAUCGUCACCGCACGGGCCACCCGUGCAAACAUCGUCACCUCACGGGCCACCCAUGCAGACAUCGUCACCGCACGGGUCACUCUCUCGUGGAAUCCUAGCAACUGCUCCCAACACUCAGGCCGGCCGAGAUGGGCAGAUUGCUGGUGACGCACAGGCUCAACGGAACAUGCACGCGAUCGCAAGGAAUUUGGUAGACAAGGGCCUGCUAGAUCCCAGGAGCAUUCCUAAUGGACUCUCAGAAAUACCUGCGAACGAUGUUGACAUGUUGUCGAUGCUUCGGCAUCUGAAAGAGGUUGGAGAAAGCUCGAGGCUGCGUCCUGUUCACUACAGUCACAAGAAACGUUGA